AUGGAUCCAGCGAAUUCUCUCCCCGCACAACCACAGAUACGUCAUCUCGACGAAGCCGAAAUCCAUUUUACGCCGGUCAAAUCUACAAACGCACCCCGCGUGUGGGAGCGCAAACCAUCAACAUCGUUCCUAGCGGCGCGCUCCAAGCCGCGAAAAGUGUGGAAGCGGUUCCGAUCCUCAUUCAACAGUAUGAAGGCUCUGCAGCAGCUGAUCAAUCCGGAUACGAGCGGGCUAAAGGAGAGCGAGCUUCUACUUGAGAUCAAUACGCAGCGGAACAACGAGGGUCUCCGCGGUGUCAAGAGACAAUGCCUUUCGACGCAGAGGUUUUCUACUGAGGCAGACGUAGAGAAGGAGGGUCCCGAAACAUCCGCAGUGCGAGGCAGGUCGUUUCUUGAAACCAAGUGGGAGUCGGAAGCCUCACGCAAACGACGCAAACUGCCCGCAGUUCUAGUCAGUGCAGACGAACAACUGCUUGUUGAUGAUAUGCAGGUCGAGCAGGACGAUGUGGACAUGGCCGAGAUCGGGGCCGCUCCGGGUGGAACCACGUCAACAGACGACCCUGAGGCAACGGGCGAAUCCCCGAUGCAUACCCCGGGGAGCCUGGUUUUCGGGGCAGCCUAUCCCGAUGCGCUACCUGGUGAGGCCCGGCGCCUACCAACCGAACAGUGUGGGGUGAUCGUGAACAUAAAACCCCUGGAUGAGGUCGACUACGAAGUCGCUACAUCUACGACUACAGGUGUCCUGGUUGGCAAAGAUGCGACCGACAAUGCAUUUGAUGUAGCAACGGCAGACGAGCAGCAGCUCCGACCGAACGUCGUUACGACUCCUACCAAAACAGUCCAGGAUACCGAUACCACAAUGACAGCGCCCGUGCAGUUAUCGGUCGAGCAAGAGUCGACUCUCGUUCGAUCAGCGCUCCGCAGCUCUCUAGGCGGAGAAGAUACCGAGCUGCUGAACAACUUCCUGUCCAAGGCCAAAGCAAAGCGCGAAGCCAAGGCGGCCGCAGAGGCCGAGGCAGCGGCAACGAUGAUCGCACAGGACCCUGAAGAGAAGGAGGAGCCGCAGCCGCAGCCACAGUCGGAAGUUGUUGUCGAGAUUCCUACACCUGAGCGUCGGGUGCUGGAGGACCUGGACACCAACUCGCCAUCACCUCAGAAAUCUCCGUCAAAGCCGGUUGAGAAAGGUGAGGUUGCAGAUGAAAACAGUUCUGCCAGCCCCGUUGCCCGCCGAAGCACGCGAGUGAGAUCGUCCCAGCGAGCAGCCGCCCCGAACCCUUUCCGCACCACACUCUCGCUGCGUCGGGCCAAGGGCACUGAAUUCGUCUUUGUUAAGCGAACCGAAGCACAAGAGCUUGCUCUCGAAACUAAACGCAACACUCAACGGAACAAAGGGGAGUCUCUGCUGCCAAAAGCUACGCUGCAAAGCCUCUCGCGACAAACUCCAGAUGCAAGCCCUACGUCGGACAGCGGUAGCCAACGGCUAACCAACAAACCCAAGAAAAAUGUCUCGUGGAACGACGAGCGCCUGGUAGAAUUCGAAGGCGACGCCAGCGACAGCGAAACGACCGGCAGCCAGGGCGCCAAGGCCACGACAGCAAAAAGUCCCGACAAAAAAAGGGCAGCCAGUAGCCGCAAUUCUCAGUCGCAGGCGUCGCUUGCGAGUGGUGGUGAAAACGCUGCAGCUGCAGCAACUACUGCAUCUCCUACUGCAGCGCCUCGGGGCCGGCGUGUGCGGCGGUUGGGACCACCAAAGCCACUCGACUCCACCUCUUUCGACCCGAGCAGCGCAGCGUCAUCCCCGUUGUCGCCCACUGACAGUCCGAUUGCAAAGCGUAAGAAAUUAACGCCCAAGUCGCCAAAGUCCAUGCUGCCAAAGGCACCUUCCACGGUGAACACUACGUCCGAGCGGCCGUCGCUGCUGAGUGCUGGACGAUCCGUCAAGACGAACCUGCUCAAGGUAAAUGCGGGCUCGACACCGAUGCCGAGGCGAGUUCGUCGAACUUAG